CACUAAAUCAUCAUAUACAUAUAUAACCUUUGACUUUGAGAAAGCAAACAACUAUGUCAACUAGAUCCCUCACCAUAUUCAUCCUAGCUCAUGUUUGGCUUUUGAUGGCAACAACAUCAAUAGCUCAGUUUGUCAUCGACACAAGUGGCGAACCUGUUGAGGACGAUGAGGAAUACUUCAUUAGACCUGCUAUCACAGGCAACGGAGGAGGUUCCACUUUGGUCACAGGAAAUGGACCAUGCCCUUUGCAUGUUGGUCUUGACAACACUGAAGGAACACUUGGAGUGGCUGUGAAGUUCACUCCUUUUGCUCCUCAACAUGAUGAUGACGAUGUUAGGCUUAACAGAGACUUGAGAGUAACAUUCCUAACCUCCACAAGUUGUGGGCAGUCAACAGACUGGAGAUUGGGCGAGAAAGAUGCAACGAGUGGAAGGAGGUUGAUUGUUACCGGAAGAGAUAACGGUGCAGGAUCACAAGGUAACUUUUUUAGGAUUGUGCAGACUCAAACUGGUGGUACCUAUAACAUUCAGUGGUGCCCUACAGAGGCUUGUCCAAGUUGUAAGGUACAAUGUGGGACUGUUGGUGUUAUUCGCGAGAAUGGCAAGAAUCUGUUGGCCCUUGAUGGUGAUGCCCUUCCAGUUGUGUUCCAGAAAGAAUGAUUAUUAGUGGGAUGGUGAAGUUUGUUUCUGUGGUGUUUUAUGUACUUUUCCUUGUUGCGCAUCGUUAAUAAGCUUGUGUAGCUAUCGUUAAUUUCAAUUGAACCAGAUAGAUGGAGACAUUUACUUUGGUUGAUUGAUUGAAAUAUAUAUACAAUAAAGCUCCAAUUGGUGUUGCCCUAA